AUGGCUACUGAAAUGACCGAUAGUAGCAAACAAAAGAAAAUUAGCAAAAAUAGUACACUUGCGGCAGACGGUAACAGCAUGGAAUUGGGGUCACCAUCGAUGAAGAACAGCGACGACAGCAAUGGAGAUAACAUCCGGAACCUUUGCGAGCAAGCACAAAACGCUAUUGUUGCUGGGAUGAAGGUAACGAACGCGAUGCCGUCGGGACGGUCGCGCGACCUUUAUGCAGCUCAUCCAGAGUUCAUCAAAAUCAUGGACACGCGGGCAAAUCAGGUGUUGCAUAUAAUAUCGAACAUUUUGCAGUUACAGGGAGUACAGGGCAACAUUCUGCAGCGCGAUCCGGAUGAACGGUUGGAAAUGAUUCACGAUUUUAACGAUAACAUUUUGGAGCGGAUACACUCCAACUUGGACGAAAUGGCAGGCAUCCGGAAAACAGCUCCAACAGUGUUGGUUCAAUCCGAGGUACAGGUUCCGAUUGCACCACGCUAUCGUCUGAGCGGUGCAUGGAAUGAAAAGCAGCCACGUGAACCAGUCAAAGCGACCCUCAUUACUGGUACUAAUGUUGCUCGACCUCAGGUAAAAUUUAAAGUACCGGUUGAUAAUUCACGCAUCAAUCCUUUCGUACCGAAGAUACGUUAUAAACCGAACUCUAUGAAACCGUUGGCUGUGUUGCCAGAGUACGACGAUUUCGGAAACAUCGUUAGCUAUUUGCAUCCGUACGAGUUUGAGCUGGAUCGCUUUCAACCGGCAAAGAACGUCUUUGAACGUAUCACACCGCAAGAACCAACACUACUAGAAGAAACGCCAUUAUUGUUUGUCGACAAAGAGUCACAGCUAACAGAUCUGAUGCGUGAUUUAAAAUCAGCCAACGAAAUUGCAAUCGAUUUAGAGCAUCAUUCGUACCGUAGCUAUCAGGGUUUCACCUGUCUGAUGCAGUUGUCAACCCGUAACAAGGACUACAUUGUGGACGCACUAGCUCUUCGCGAUGACCUACACGUUCUGAAUGAAGUGUUUACCGAUCCGAAGAAGUUGAAAGUGCUGCACGGUUCGAUUAGUGAUAUCGAAUGGUUGCAACGGGAUUUGGGGCUCUAUCUGGUGAACAUGUUUGAUACGGGCGAAGCUGCACGAGUUUUACAAUUCUCCCGCAUCGGGUUGCAGUUUCUUCUGAAGCAUUAUUGCAACAUAGAUACGGAUAAGACGUUCCAGCUGGCUGAUUGGCGAAUCCGUCCGAUGCCGGACAACUUCGUCGAGUACGCACGGAAGGAUACACAUUAUCUGCUGUACAUCUACGAUCGUAUGAAGAACGAACUGCUAGACAAGGGUGAAGGUCUCCUACAGACUGUGUUCGAUAAAUCAACAUUUAUGUGCAAGCAACGUUAUCAGAAACCCGUCAUGAACGAGGACACAGUCAUGAACAUCUAUCGUCGUUCGAGAUACGUUUUCGACCAUCGGCAAAUGUACGCAUUUCGUGAAAUUUUGUACUGGCGCGAUCAAAUAGCGCGCUUGGAGGACGAAUCUCCGGGAUACGUAUUGCCGCAGCAUAUGGCGCUCGAUAUUGCCUCGAAGCUGCCGCGUGAGAUGCAAGGAAUCAUAGCAUGCUGUACACCGGUUCCGUCGCUUGUUCGACAGCAUCUGCACACUAUUCACCAGAUCAUCUUGAAGGCUCGCGAAUUGCCCCCGGUAGCUGGUGAUCAACCACAUACAAAGGAGCAGCAUGCCGACACGCGGUAUAAAAUACAGGCUGCGUUCGAUUUUGAUAAUCCCUUGGUGUGUCCCCAUGACAAUACGGGGCAUACAGAUGCAACCGGUGGUACUAAUCAUCCCACACUGCUGGGCGAUUUAACCAACACACUUAAUGCGAUCACGCUAAUACAACAGGUUAAUUCAAAUUUAUUGAAGGAUGCUCCUGAUAUGGGAGUUUUGGCAACAACGAAGAAUCGAACGAUAGACAGCCGCGGUCAAAUUGGUUUGGAUGAAAAUGCCGUGAGUAAGGAAAGAUUUGCAAAGCUCUUGACGUUGCAUACCACUAUUUCGCAAGAACAAGCGGGAAAUGAAAGUAAGGCUAGCAAAUAUGAACAGAAUAAAUUCAAUACUCCCUUUGAACGGUAUCUAGAGACGUGCCGUUUGAGACAGUUAAAGCAACGUAGUGAUGAAAACCUACAGAAACAGCAACAACCAUCCACUGAAAAGCAAAGCUCCCAUAUUUCGAAUCAGCUUGCGACGUUUAAUUCGUCUGAUGCCGCAGUUCAACUAACACCAUUUCCGGCAAAUAUAGUGAUAGCGAAGGAAGAAAGCAAAAGCUCACAAACUCCGAAACAUUUAAUGACUCAAAAUCAACUGAAACGGCUGGAAGAAGCUAGGACACGUAAAGCAAUUGCAGCAGGUGAAAAGCUUUGCUUUAAUGGUACGAACGUCACCGAACAGACUGCGAACCACAGCAAACGGAAAUCGUUUCCGAUGGAGAUUAAUGUUAGUGGCAGUGCGGAUACUAUCGAGCCGGACCUAGCGCCAGCGAAUGGAAGCGAUAAAUCGUAUGAUCUUGCUGCGAAAAAAGAAAAACUCCAUAUGGCUCCGUUUAAGGAUGAAUCGAAACCGGACGGUCAUAAUGACAGCGCGAAUUGGAACGAAAAGAAAGCAAACUCUAAGAAAGCUAAGCAACGUCAUCGUAAUCGCAUGAAAAAGUCCAUCGGACAAUCACGUCAAACGUCGAACAAACCGAUCGUACCGUUCGAUUACAGCAAUGUAGACUUCGGCAGAUUCCAGGGUGGCUCUAAACCGCUAGCUGCUCCACGCAAAGGCAAACGUGGUGGUGUUGCCGGUGGUUUUACGUUAGCUAAUGAUGCUGGUGAAGGUAGUAGCCAAAAGAAGCUACAUCCGAACAGCCGGAUAGCGAAAAACAUUAAGAAGACGCAGAACAUGUUCAACCUCAGUAGUAGCAAUAUGAAGCGAAAGUAA